AUGGCAAAGUCGAAGCCCAAGAAGGUUAAAAAGCUUCCGCCAAGGGUCGUGGUUGUGAACCCAUGGACCACCGACUAUGAGCAUAUCUCUAUGUGGUUCGAGCUCAUGCUCAGAGACCACGGAUAUCCCGACACCCGCGCCAACAUUAUUUUCCAUAGAAAGAACAAUGGGUCCAAGAUCGUCGAGCUGCCGAAGGAGGUUAAAGAUGUUUCAAUGUGCUUGGGUACGCACCAUUGGUCGCAUUUUCUGAAGCAUCGAGAGCAUAGUGGAGAGUUCUCUGUGAUCUACGAGUAUAAGAACAGCUACGCCGACGACCCUGGAGAAAAUAACUGGACAGAGGUGUACCCAUCCAACCAGGGUGACAUCCCUGCCAAUUUUCCAGUGAAAUAUCCGUACCCUUUACCGUUGCCGGCACAAGAGCUGUCUGUCACCAGUGUGGACGCGGAGUAUGCGAGUUUCCCAUCUGCGGAGAACAGGCAGCGUAUGGAAGCGCGAAGACAGGCUGCACAGGCGAAGGCGAAUGCGCAGUCUGGGUCGAUCGCAUCUACAUCUACGCCAGCUGUCAGAGGGGAAGCUUCAGGAUCGUCGAAAACCUCUUCGUCCGGUGCAUCUUCGUCCGUAGCGGGGCCUUCGGGGUCUGGUACUUCUACGGAUCGUGGGGGUGUUGUCGCUGAGAGCUCAACGCGGACAACUCACAACCGAGUCGUCAGCCAGUAUGUGGACCAAUCCCAACCGGUAAAUGUUAAGAAAAUGGACCCUUACGAAGAAGAGGAGGUUGUUCAAGAACUCUUCCGUUCCCUUUCUCCUGUGAAGAAGUCUGAAACAGAGGCAGAAGACUUCCUUGGUUCGUUAUUGGGAAGAAUCCCGUCGGAAAAACCACCACCAUCAUUAGCAACUGAACCCAGCACAUCUCAGGUUCCAAAUGCUGAUGCAGAAGAUGACGAUGAUUAUAAGCCAUCGGAAGAGUUACUUGCGAUGUUUAAUACCCUGACCUCAGACACAGAGCUGGAUAUAGGACAACAUUUACCAAUGUCAGGGGCUGAGAUAAAACCUGAGCCUAUGGAAGUCAAAAUUCCAAGUGACGACGUAGACCGCUCCCAAGGUGAACCCGAUGAACUGCAAGCCCUGUUCGAGCAAAGUCACCUCGACAAUCAGAUCUUCAGACUUUCCAAUUCUGAAGUAAGAAUAAAACCAGAACCGGUUGAAACGGAACUCCCACCCUUUGAAGGUCUUUCGAGUCGAGGAACUAGUAGUUCUCGACCAGAGUCACAGACAUCUACAGUUGUUAAAUCAGAGCCAAAAGAAUAUUCGAUGAGCGAGACUUCUCAAAUGGGAUCAUCAGAGUCUCCGGUCCAAAGAAAACAACAGGACCUGCGGCGCCAUGACUUUUCCUCGAAUAGACGUCUACGAGAUCCACGGCUGGUCCCAAGAGUAAAGUCAGAACCGGAUGACCAUGUGGAAUAUUCUGGGUAUCCACAUACACAGACUCAGAGGAUGGAGGCAUCCAGCUUUCGACCUUCUAAUGAGCUCGGCGAGACCUCAAUAGGGUCAUCACGACACUCCAACAAACGGUCUGAAAGCAGUCACCACCGAGAUAGAGAAUACUCUCCAGCAAAACGCGUGAAGACUGAAGAUGAAGAAGGUUGA